CGCGCCCUGCUGCCGCCCUUAUAUAACAUCAAGCAGGUUCCUCAAAAUUCAGCCAGCAGCUUGAGACUACACACGGCAGUUAAACAAGUGGUGGGUCACUCUGGCCAUGCCAAGUCAAGUCAAGACCGACAUGGAGAAUAAGAAGAUUCUGGGAGCCAGACGGACUAAUUUGAAGUUUGGGCUGCAGCCUAGAUCACCGAACAUUAGCGUUAUGAGGCUUUGUUUGGAAGAGGUCUCUAAGUGGUCCCACUCGCUGGAGGCACUUCUCUCGUCCAAAUAUGGGAUGAAAAUAUUCCAGGCCUUCUUAAAGUCGGAGUUCAGUGAUGAAAACAUCGAGUUUUGGCUGGUGUGUGAGGACUUCAAGAAGAUCAAGUCCUCCUUGAGGAUGUCCUGCAGGGCCAGAAAGAUCUUUAAACGCUACGUACAAGUUGAAGCUCCGAGAGAGAUCAACAUUGACCAGAGGACCAGGGAAGUGAUCAGGCGAAACCUCGAAACACCUACCACAGAGUCGUUCGACGCCGCUCAGAGGAUCGUCUACGCCCUAAUGGAGAAGGACUCUUACCCGCGAUUCAUCAAAUCUGACAUUUACCAGGCUCUCCUGAACUCCACGAUAAAAUAGUGAAGACGUAGAGGCCGAGAGGCGGACACCCAAGCGCUGGAAACACUGUGGGACAGACAGGGUGUCUGCUUGUGAUGCGUCAA